AUACUUGUGAACUAUUUAUUUGGCUUGGAUGAAGAUGAAGUUGAGGCUAGUUGACUUGUGGGCUAUUUAUUUGACCUGGAUGAAGAUGGGGUUGAGGAGAGUUGGCAUAAAUCCAAGAAGAUAGAUACAUGGGUGCCACUGCUUUCUUGUACAUCUUGCUGUCCCUCUGGGUUCAGGAUGCAGCUGCCAUUCUUGGCUUCACAAGAAGUGAUUUUCCGCAGGACUUCGUAUUUGGAUCUGGAACCUCAGCAUAUCAAUAUGAGGGUGCUGUUGCUGAGGAUGGUAGGAGGCCAAGCUUUUGGGACACUUUCACUCAUGCAGGUAAAAUGCCAGACCAAAGCACAGGAGAUGUUACUGCAGAUGGGUACCAUAAAUACAAGGAGGAUAUCAAGCUCAUAUCUGAUACAGGCCUAGAGGCCUAUAGGUUCUCCAUCUCCUGGUCGAGGCUCAUUCCAAAUGGACGUGGAGCUGUCAAUCCAAAAGGGUUACAGUUCUACAAUAACAUCAUAGAUGAGCUUGUGAAACAUGGUAUUCAAAUACACAUCACACUUCACCAUCUAGAUCUCCCUCAAAUUCUUGAAGACGAGUAUGGUGGAUGGUUAAGCCCCAGAAUUAUCGAAGAUUUCACGGCAUAUGCGGAUGUUUGCUUCAGGGAGUUUGGAGGCAGAGUCACUUACUGGACUACAGUGAACGAACCAAACAUUGGUGCAGUUGCCUCUUAUGGCAGUGGUCAAUUACCACCUGGUCGAUGCUCAGAUCCAUUUGGAAUAACAAAGUGCACAGCUGGGAACUCCAGCACUGAACCAUAUGUAGCAGUCCAUACUUACUUAUUGGCGCAUGCAUCAGUUGCCAGACUGUACAGAGAGAAGUAUCGAGCUAUGCAAAAAGGAGUUGUGGGCAUAAAUAUCUACUCCUUCUGGAGUUACCCAUUCACAGAUUCCACCGCGGAUUUAGAAGCAACUCAAAGAUGCAAGGAUUUCAUGUUUGGCUGGAUACUAGAGCCUUUGGUGUUUGGGGACUACCCAGAAAUGAUGAAGAAAAAUGUUGGCUCUCGUCUUCCAUCCUUCACAAAAGUCCAGUCUGAACUUAUCAAGGGUUCUUCUGAUUUUAUCGGAAUAAAUCACUACUAUUCUCUCUAUGUGAGUGACCGCCAGACAGAACCAGGUAUCCGAGACUACAACAGGGACAUGUCAAUUUAUUACAGAGCUUCUAGGACAGAACCACCUGCUGGUCAGGGAGCCCCAACAAAUGUUCCAAGUGAUCCCAAAGGGUUGCAACUUGUCCUCGGGUACCUGAAGGAAACCUAUGGGAUAACUCAACUUUAUGUCCACGAGAAUGGUGUGGGGUCUGCCAACGAUAGCCUUGAUGAUACUUACAGGGUCGAUUACCUGAGCAGCUACAUGGGAAGCACGCUAGAUGCAAUAAGGAAUGGGGUUAAUGUGAGGGGUUAUUUCGCCUGGGCACUCAUGGAUCUAUUCGAGCUCCUGGCAGGAUACGAGUCCAAGUACGGCCUGUACCGCAUAGAUUUUGAUGACGAAAGGAGGCCACGGCAAGCCAGGCUCUCUGCUCGCUGGUACUCCGGCUUCCUGAAAAAGAAUGGAUCCUCUAUUCGAGUAUCAAGGGUGCAGGAGGACCUGAGGUUGACGACCGUCUUCUAAUUUGGUGCUCGGGCGUCACAUGUAUGUAUGCACGCACCUGUCGAAGUUUAACAAAAGGCUUGAGCAGCAGAUUCUUCAACUUUAUUUUCUGAAAAUAAGGGGGCGUGAGAGGAAGAACUGGCAGCCAGACGGCCCGGGAAGAAGUAUGUUUAGCUGACUUGUGGGUUGUUUUGUCACUACAAGGGUGGCUUCCCUGCUAUUUGUAGGAAUUGCAAGUCAAACAUUACAAGUGUAA